AUACCCAUUCCAUCGAUCGAUCGAUCGGUAGCCAUCGAUGUCAUCAGUUGCAAUUCCAAAGUGUAUCUUUUCGAUGUGUGACGGCGGCCGACCGGAAGCACCUGUGCCUCCCACGGUAAGCGGCAAGCAGUUCGGGGCCGGCAACGAAGCGGGCGAAGACGCCGGCGGCGGGACGACGCUGCGGCCGAGAGGAUGGAUGGCCGUCAUGUUCAUCAUCGGAUUCUUCACGGCGACGGCCAUGGCGUUCAGCGCCUUCUCCCAGCCCAUCACCAACUACCUCAUCAAGCACUACAGCAUGAAGGCGAACGCGGCGACAGACCUGGCUAAUAUCUUCAGCGGCACCUCCAACUUCUCCCCGGUGGUCGGAGCCUUCGUCGCCGACGCAUUUUGUGGCAGGUUCUGGACUUUGCUGUUCGGAACCAUAGCCGGCUUCCUUGGAAUGGUGGCGAUCACACUGACCGCGACGAUCCAUCAGCUCAAGCCGCCAUCAUGCGGCGUCCUGGCGCGGCAAGCCGGCACGUGCGCGGGCCCGUCGGGCCUCCAGCGCGCUGUGCUGUACAUCGCCAUGGGGCUGCUCGUCGUCGGCACGGGCGCCACGAGUCCGACCAGCCUGCCAUUUGGCGCGGACCAGUUUGAUGAGAGGCGCCACAAGGAAGGGCUCAGACGCUACUACAGCGGGUACUACGUCGUCACCAUGAUGGCCACGUUCCUGGCGCUCACCGUCAUAGCGUACGUCCAGGACAAGGUGAGCUGGGGCCUUGGCUUUGCAAUCCCAACGGCUCUCAUGCUGGCCACCUUUGUCGUGUUCCUCGUCGGCACGCCGUGGUACGUCUACGUGCUGCCCGAGGGCAGCAUCUUCGCUAGCGUCGCGCGGGUGGCCGUCGCAUCUUGCCGGAAGUGGCGGCUCCGGCUGCCGCACCCCAACGACGCGCAGCGGCAGGAGGCGCUACUCUAUAGCGACCCCCCUCCCGCCGCCGGCCGCGUUGUAGACUUCAGGCUCCCGCUCACGCUGCAACUCAGCUUUCUAAACAAGGCUGCCAUGGUGACCGACGCCGACGAGAAGCGGCCCGACGGGUUCCCGGCGCGGCCGUGGAAACUUUGCAGCGUACAGCAGGUGGAGGAGGUGAAGUGCAUCGUAAAGAUCAUUCCCAUAUGGAUCUCCGGCGUGUUGUGGUUCAUCGGCAUGGUAGAGAUUUCCAACUACACGUUUCUGCAGGUUCUUACCAUGGACCUCCACAUGGGCAAGAGCUUCUCCAUCCCGCCGGUGUCGAUAUUCGCCAUAUUCUACCUCUCCGUUGCGCUCUUCCUUCCCAUUUACGAGCUACUCAUCGCCCCGGUCGCGCAGCGGCUAACCAAGACAGAGGGCGGCCUCACCUUGCUGCAGAGGCAGGGCGUCGGGUUAGCGAUCAGCGUGCUGCCCUUCCUGAUCGCAGCCAUGGUGGAGCGCCGGCGUAGGGACUCCGCGCUGGGACACGGUGGAACGUCGCCACAGUCCGUGUUCCUCGUCGCACCGCAGCUCGUGGUGAUGGGCUUGUCCGCGGCGUUCAGCAUGGUCGGGCAGAUGGAGUUCUACAACACUCAGUUCCCGCACCAGAUGCGCACGCUCGGGAACGCAGCUUUCUACUGCGCCCAGGGCGCCGGCAACUAUCUGGCCACGCUGGUGGUGAAGGUCGUGAACACGAGGACGAGGCUGCCUGGCGGUGGCGGAUGGGUCAGCGACGACAUCAACACAGGGAGGCUGGACUACUUCUACUACUCCAUGGCCGUGUUCGGCGCGGUCAACCUCGUCUACUUCCUCGUCUGCUCCAACUUCUAUCGGUACAAGGACCAGUAGGCGGACCAUUCUCCGGCUAUCGUAUGUGUGGUGUCAUCGACACUUCGUGUAAAUUAAAGAUCCUUCUACUCUCAGCUCGGGCUAGAAUCUGGGCCAACACUGCUGUGCCUAGGCCUGUUCAGAUAAACAUCAGGAUGUGGCCAUGGAGAGGGGGCUUGGAACGGAUGUCAUCGGCCUGAACCAGACUCUGCUUCGUCUUUCUCCUCGGUUCCUCUCUCCAUCCUCUAAUCCUUUGGUUCCAUGAUUGUAGCUACACUUGUUGAGUCCCAUUAUCAAAAAAAAAAAAAAAAGCUACACUUGUUGAGUGAAUUCGAAGAUUGAGAGCUAGGGUGCUAACAGAAAAGUACUUGUACGAGUGGAUAGUGAAGCCGCUCUCCUGAGAUAGGUGCAUUGAGUGUUGUAGGUGUGUAACUGAUAAAAUACUGUGAUUAGUUUAUUACACCAUUCAUGG